AGGCAGUGUAAUCCUUAACAACUCUUAUCAAUAUGUGAAAUCCACCAAUGGGGAAUAAAAGAAAUCCAUCCUAAACAAUUUAUUUUUCAGAUUUUGACUGAUCAAAUUAUGCUUUAAUUAGCAACGUCGUGAUCAUUCUUUAACCCAAGACGAGUGACUCCAUUUCUUGACUUGUACAUAUUUUCAAGUCAAGCCAUCACUAACAUCACCAUUUCUGCAAUUUUCCUACUAAUCAAACUUCUUUACGCAAUCACAAACCCUAUCUCAUGAAACCAAACUUCCCAAACCCAACCCGACCGCUAUAUAUAUACAUGUAAUCCUUGCACAUUUUCAUCGCCACCACACAACAAAAGAUAUACUUACAUUGUCCCAAAAAUGAGCUUCUUUAAGUCACUCGCUGCCCUUUCAUUCCUUUUUGCCACUCUUUACUUCACUUUUGCCCGUGCAACCACAUUUGACAUAACCAACACAUGCACUUACACAGUCUGGGCAGCAGCCGUACCUGGUGGGGGCUGUCAGCUCAACACCGGCGAAACCUGGACCAUUAGUGCUAACCCAGGAACUAAAGGAGCUCGCAUUUGGGCUCGAACCAAUUGCCAAUUUGAUGCUUCUGGAAAAGGCAAAUGCCAGACUGGUGACUGUAACGGUCUUCUAGCUUGCCAAGGCUUCGGUGCAGCACCUAACACUCUAGCCGAAUACGCACUUGACCAAUUUGAACAUCGAGAUUUUAUUGAUAUAUCUGUUAUUGAUGGGUUCAAUGUCCCUAUGGAGUUUAGUGCAGCUUCGGGAAAUUGUACAAGUGUAAUCAAAUGUGUUGGAGAUCUAGUAGGACAGUGCCCUAAUGAAUUGAAGGUCCCUGGCGGGUGCAAUGGCCCUUGCCCUCAGUUAAAGACUGAAGAACAUUGCUGCAAUUCUGGUAACUGUGGCCCUACAAAUUUGUCAAAGUACUUUAAGGAAAGGUGCCCUGAUGCUUACAGUUACCCUAAAGAUGACCCUACAAGUUUGUUUACUUGCCCUACUGGAACUAACUACAAGGUCAUUUUCUGCCCACCACGAAGCUUUAUUAGAAACGAAUGUGUCAAUUUGGAAUAAGCAAGUGAUUAAAAAUAAGAGAGUGUUUGAGCACAUGUAGUAUUGUGCAGCUACUGUAUUACUUACUGGUCAUUUGAGCCAGCUCAUAGGUGAACUGAAAUAAUAUUUUUAAUUAAAACUA